AUGGAUCACUCACAAUUCAAGGCAUUGUUCGAGGCAUUGCAAGUACAAAAUCAACAGAUUUUGAAGCAACACCAAGAAGAAAAAAAUUUGAUGCAACAGCAUAUGCAACAACAGCAGAAUCUGAUUGAGCGCAUUCUUCAAGGUCAACCGGCACAGAUUGCAUAUCAAGCCGUUCUUGCUCAAGAUUCAACAGCAUUUAAAGUUAAAUGUUUGGCCGAUUCUAUGGUCAAUUUUGAAUAUGACCCAGAUAACAAUCAAACGUUUGAGGCUUAUUAUGAACGGUAUGAGUCGGUUUUUACAAAUCAAGCAGAGGGUCUGGAUGAACCGACAAAAGUUUAUCUUCUUUUCCAAAAAUUCAAUCAGGAACAGUAUCAACGUUAUGCGGAUUCAAUAUUACCUCUUAAACCACAAGAUUGUACAUUUGCGAAUACUGUGACAACACUUAAGAAACUUUUCGAUUAUAAAGAAACAAAGUUCGCAAUGCGUCAUAGGUGUUUUAACCUCGCAAAGUUAGACCAUGAGGAUUUUAGCAUAUAUGCCGCUCGUAUAAAUAAGCACGCCGAGGAGUUUGACAUUUCUCAUUGUACCGCGGAUGACUUUAAAGUUUUGUUAUUUGUGAGUGGGUUAAAAGACGUCAAGGACUCGCUUAUCCUGGAAAAGCUUCUAACGAAAGUUGACAAUCAGUAUAUAGAGUUGGAGAGGGUAACAGAUGCGGCUGCACGUGCAGAGGUUCACAAGCUAAAUUUGCAGGAUCUGAUCAACGAAGCCGAGCGUAUAAUUUGUUUGAAGCUUGACAAGGGUAAAGUUGGCGAGGCAUUCGCUGCUCAAGAAGUUCAUUCUGUUCAACAAAAUAAAAACUCAAAGUCAUUAGUCAACAAAGACAAGUCAAUGGUACGGAACCAAAGAAACGACACUCCUCGCUUGGAAUGUUUUCGUUGCGGCGAAAUGCAUUGGAGUGAUAAUUGUCCAUGCAAGGACAAGCAGUGUGGCGAAUGUAAUGAAAAAGGGCAUAAGACAGGUUUCUGUGCUUUUAUGAAAAAUUUCAAGGGAUAUAAAUCAUCCAGCAAGAAAAACCACAGUUCGAAUCAAGUUGAAGCUAACGUUCACGCAAUCUCUAACCGAAAGUAUAUCAGUCCAGUUGUAAACGGAACUGUAAUCAAAUUGCAGGUUGAUACUGCUUCCGAUAUAACAAUCAUAUCAAAAUCAAAUUGGAUUUUAAUCGGACAACCAAUGCUGUCAUCUGAAAUACGCACCAAUGCCACAAGCGCAUCAGGUGCUGCUAUUCCAAUUUUGGGUGCCUUCAAUUGUGGCAUUAAACUAAAUGGGAAGGAAAAACGCGGAAUUUGCUACGUUACAUCACUUGAAUUGAAUCUUUUUGGCAUACCUUGGAUUACUUCUUUCGAUCUUUGGAGUGUUCCCUUUGAUUCUGUUUGCAAACAUAUAAAAUCAACUGGUGAUGACUUGGCUAUUGAAGUUUGCGAAAAAUUUCCGCAGCUUUUUUCCGAGGGACUUGGCUGUUUCAACAAAGGAAAAGUUUCUCUGAAGCUCAAGCCUGGAGCCCAUCCAAUAUUUCGGAAUGCUCGACCAGUUCCGCAAGCAGCUCGCGAACCCAUUUCAAUUGAACUGGAACGCCUUCAACAUCUUGGCAUUAUCAGUCCAAUCAAGUAUUCCCAAUGGGCAGCACCUAUCGUGGUUGUUAAAAAGAAGAAUGGCAAAUUGCGAAUCUGUGCUGAUUAUUCAACUGGUCUUAACAAUGCACUUGAGCCAAACAUGUACACUUUGCCGACACCCGAUAUAAUUUUCGCUAAGUUUGCAGGAAAGACAAUAUUCAGUACCAUAGAUUUGUCCGACGUUUUUUUUCAAGUCGAGGUUGAUGAUGAUUCCAAGGAAAUUAUGGCAAUCAACACUCACGUUGGAAUGUUUAAAGUAAAUCGCCUUCAGCAAGGAGUCAAAACAGCGCCUGGGGAAUUCCAAGCCAUAGUUGAUAAAAUGCUCAGUGGAACCUCAACAUUUGGUUUUAUCGAUGACAUGAUCACAGCAGGAGAGAACCUUGAAGAUCACAAACAGCAGCUCUUCAAGACGCUUGAACAGCUUCAAAUUUAUGGUUUUAAAUUAAAUAUUAGCAAGUGUUGUUUUGGCAAGUCGUCAGUUAACUUUUGCGGCCAUAUCAUCGAUGAGAAAGGCAUCAGGCCAAAUCCUGAAAAAAUUUGGGAAGUUCAAUCAGUUCCUCAACCUAAAGACGUUAGCCAAUUGCGAUCAUUCCUAGGUUCAGUGAACUACUACGGCAAAUUUAUCAAGUCAAUGAAGCAGUUGAGAGGUCCAUUGGAUGACUUAUUGAAGAAAGAAGCAAAAUUUGAAUGGCAAAGCAUUCAUCAAGAAGCAUUCGAUCAACUGAAGAAGAUUUUGUCAUCAGAUUUAGUUCUUACGCAUUUCGACCCAAGAAAAGACAUUGUACUGGCUACAGAUGCAUCAAAAGACGGCAUGGGGGCAGCAUUAAUGCAUCGUUUCAAGGAUGGAUCUCUUCACCCAAUAAUGCAUUUUGCUGCAACAUUCAAUGAAGCUGAGAAAAAUUACUCCCAAAUCGAAAAGGAAGCUCGUGCAUUCAUAUUUGGUUUGAAACGAUCUCACUUUUAUAUCGCAGGUCGACGUUUCUUCGCUCAAGUCGACCACAAGCCCUUGCUCGCUAUCUUUGGAUCAAAAAGUGGUAUCCCAGUUUAUACGGCUAACCGUCUACAACGCUGGGCGCUCAUCGUUUUAGCUUACGACAUUAAUUUUGAGUUCAUCGGUACAAACAGUUUCGGAUAUGUUGAUGUUGUAUCCCGACUGAUGUCUGAAUACACCAAACCCGACGAAGAUACUGUCAUUGCAUCUAUUUCGUGGAGUAAUGAAAAUGUAGAAGAUAUAUCUUGUUUUGCCAUUCAAUCAGCAAAACAGCUACCAAUCACAUUCAAAGAUAUUCAAGAAGCCACCAACGAUUGCCCGACACUCAAAAAGGUCAUUGAAUUUGUAUCGCAAGAUAAAUGGCCCAAGUUUUGCAAGCAAGUAAAAGAAAUUGAGGUAGCCGCUUUCUUUCCAUAUCGCUACGACUUGAAGGAAGCCCAAGGUUGUUUGUUCAGAGGCGAACAAAUUAUUAUUCCGUUCAAACUGCGUAAGAAAAUAAUUGGAAGUCUUCAUGAAGGUCAUCCAGGUGUGUGUCGUAUGAAGCUGUUGGCUGCCGACAAAGUGUUUUGGCCAAGAAUGUCUAAAGAUAUUGAACAGAUCGUGAAAUCGUGUGAUAGCUGUGCUAAGGCAGCGAAAACACCAAUCAAGUGCACUCUGCACCCUUGGCCAAUGCCAAUAGCACCAUGGAUUCGAGUUCAUCUCGAUUACGCUGGUCCAAUAGACAAUUAUUACUUUCUGAUUAUCGUCGAUGCUUUUAGCAAGUGGCCGGAGAUUAUCAAAACUAAAGUAACCACCAGUGAAAAAACUGUUGAUAUGUUUGAUGAUGUAAUUGCGCACCAAGGUUUAUGUGAAAUUUGUGUCACCGAUAACGGACCACAGCUUGUUUCAUGUACAUUUGAAGAUUACUGUAAAUUUAAAGGCAUCAAACAUUUGAC